UAGUUGUUUCUCGGAUGUUCGUGCGUAUUGGUUGGCUGCUGAGUUGAUUAGUCGAUCGAGUAAAUUUUGUACGUUUGAGUUAGUUUUGGUGGCGAGUCACCGGCAAAACAGUUGAACAUUCGUCUGCUCUACACCGUAGCGAAUGUACACGCUGGUGCAGGAAACGCGCGCGGUUGAAAAUCAAAUCAAAACAAAACAAAAUCAGACCAAAAAAAGAUCGGCUGCGAUCAAAUACUUAAAAAACUAAUAAAAUCCAAAUAUUGCACUCAAAUAAAAUUUACCAGCAACGAAACUCAAUAAAAUACGCACACAAAUUAUUUCUGAAGCGAUAACAGCUAUUUGUAAAUAGUCCAGGCAAUCAUUCGCACUAUCACAACAGCUGACCAACCAACCGAUUGUGCGAGGAGAAAGCAACAGGGUUUAGCAUCUUCGUUGUCAAUCAACGUUUGCCACCGCUAAUCAUAUCAGCAGACGGCCAAUAAUAAUCCACUGCAAACUAAAACAACAGCGGCCAUUAAAGCAACAACCAUAAUUAAAGUCGCAGCCAACAACAUGAUUUCACAUAGUCCACCCAUCUUCAGCCAUAGUCCGCCAGUUAGUUUCCUAUCGGACUACAUGAACAAUCAUCGUUACAAUGACGAAACAAACAGAGCGUCGCGCUAUUGUCGCCCCCAAGUGAUCACACUCGCAUCGAAGGCCAUGGCCAAUAGUGCGGCCGCUGUUUUCGCCAGCCAUCAACUGCACCAGCAGCAGCAGCAACAGCAACAGCAAAUGCAGCGGGUGCCCAUCACCGUCACCGCUGGCUGUCUCAACGGCCAAGAGGGGCGUGCCCAUUGCGGUUUACCGCGCACACUCUCCGCACCAGUCAUCCAAAUGCAGCCGAAGUCUUGCCUCAGCCGCAAAUUCUGUCUGCACCGUUCAGCAAUGGCGAACAAUAGCAACGACAGUCGCAACAGUGACGCGGCGGGCACGGAAACGGAGUGUGUGAGCUGUAAAUGCAGCGAACAAAGCCGCUGCCGCAAGCGAGUUAUCUUCGCGGACGAUGAGGGUCAACCGCUAACCGAGGUGCGGGUCAUGUCAGAACCGUCGAAUGUGCCCCCAUUGUGGAGCACGAAAUUCUUGGAACAAAUUACACAGGGUCUAGUUAGUCCACAUCCGGCCGAUCAAUGGACCGUCGACUUCAAGCAACCAGCUUCAGAUUAUUUAUCAUUCAGGCAGAAGAUCGACCGUGACUUUGUCUCACUUGAAAAUGUGAUUGUCAAGGAUGAGGAAUCCAUUGUGGUGGGAACAGUAAAAGUGAAAAAUAUUUCUUUUGAGAAAGAAGUGAUCGUGCGCGUCACAUGGGAUGACUGGAAGAGUCAACAGGACAUAUUCUGCACAUUUGCACGGGCAUAUGGACCGGCAACCUUUGCUCACGUCGUAUUCGAUACGUUCUCCUUCAAAAUCACAUUGCCACCAUCCUCGAAACGCUUAGAAUUCUGUAUUUGCUAUCGUGCCAAUAGUCAGGAAUACUGGGACAAUAGAGAGGGCAAGAACUAUACCAUAACGAAGCGUUCACCCUUCUACUACAACGCUCUCUCGCCCUAUGACAAGAAUACCUCUCGCAAUACUUGCCGUGGUCAUGUGACAUCAGCACUUUCAGAAGCUUUGGCCAAUUCCAAAGGAAAUCAAGCCCAAAACAAUUGGAGUCAGGAGUCGGGACCCUACUGGCAACAAAAACGGGUCGAGGAGAAAUAUUGGUGAAGAAAUAUGUUAAUAGGACGCGAACCCAAGCGCGUUAGCGGCCUGGGUUGCGCGUCGGCGCGCAAUCAACCCUACAAGCAAGAAUAUUACAAAAUGCCAAUAUAGAACAAGUAAAUCAGUCGUAUCGAACAAUUACAACAAGAACAAAAGAACAGAAAACAAUAACAAAAAAAUUGAAAACUCUAACAAAUGAAAGAAACCCCAGAAGGACAAGACCAUUAUUAAGGUAUGCUGGCGCAGAAGUAUGCCAAGAAAGCAACAUUUUAUUUAUGGUACCCAGUGCUAUGCAUAUCAGGCUAAAAACCCAAUACACCGAUCAUUUAAGAACAAUUUGUUAAAUAGGAAACAAAAACAACAUAUGUAUAUCAAGCAACCAAAAAGUGGUAGAAAAAGCCGGACAAAAAAAUUGUGGUUCUUAAAUAGGAAAAUCGCAGCUAUGGGCCGCCAGAAUUUAGCCAGCACAUAUUUAUGAAAACUGCGAAGUGAAGAGCGAAGAAAACUACAUAUAUGAGAACACUUUGCAAAAGCUUUAACUUAGAAAACUGAUUUGGUGGCCCCUGCAAACGUUUAAAUCUUGUAGGCAUUGAUAUUAGAGACUUUUAGCUUUUAGAAUGAGCAGUGAUAUUAUCUCGUUGACUGAGUAUACAAUACAUACAAGUGAAAAUCGGGGAAUGAAUACUGAAGAAAAUAGAUGAGAGAUAAGCUGAGUAGAGCAUGGAGAAAUCUCCGAAGAGACAGUUAACCAAUUGAAGGAGGCGAAUGUCGCCGAAAGCAAAGCGUUUUACACAUAUUUUAGAAUUUAUAUUAGAAAGGGUGAAAGUGCAGCACGAAUAAGCUUCGCUUUGGUGCUAACGAAACAGACUAGUUGGCCAGCGAUAAUACGUAACUUAAGUGAAUUUGAGCAGGUUUCAAUUCAUGGCCAACCAGUAAACGCUCAAAGUGGCAGUGCGCAUUUCUAGAUGCGCCUCUCCGCGAGGCAUGAAAGAAAUAAAAGUGUACAUAUAUACCAAUUAAAGCAACAUCAGCUGUUUAUGCGCUGAAAUUAUGCAUAAUUUGGAAAAUCGUAUAUUAGCACUGUGUUUCAGAAAUCAACAGCAAAUAAUCUGUAUUUAGUAAGCCCUUUGUGCGUACUGCUGAUUUCUCAAACACAGUCGGUUACGUAAAGCACAGACUUCCUAUACAAAUACUAAAUCAAACAAAAAUCCACUGCAAUGGAAGCUUAUCAAAGGCGUCUAAAUGCAUGUUAGCGCAUCAAAAAGCGGCCUACGACGCAUGCGGCGGCCCACGUAAGUAGAAUUCAUACUUUGAAAGCGUGUUACCAAAAUCAGCAGCCGAUUAGGCCGAACCAGCUUCAGACCGUUAGCUACGACUAAAAUUUUCACUUGCCUAGAAGUUGGAAAUCAAGCAGAAAAGCAGAAAGUAAUAAAUACAAUAAGAGUGCGGUAAAAUGUAAACACUAUGAGACUAUUUAGAACUCGAACGCAAACUCUGCACACAUGUGUGCAUACAUACAUACAUACAUGCUCAUAUAUACAUACAUAUGCUAAAGCCGUUGAAAAGACUGUGUUCUUUAUGCUACGUGAACAGACAAAGUAAAAGUGAAAGGUGGGGCCACAGCAGAGUUUAGCGUUGGAUUAGAGUGAGGGAAGUUAGUACAAUCUUACAGGAACUACUUGAAACUAUAAAGCAAAAAACUAUGCAACUAAAAAUGUAUGAAGAUUCUUAAAUUAAAAACAACGCACAUAGAACAUACAAAAUAUCUACGUAAAUAUAUACAUAACUAAAUUCAUAAUGGAAAAUGUUUAUAACUUUUUAUAUAUUAUAUUUUACCGUAAUUAAAAAAUUAAAAAGAAGAACUUACUCUAGAUUUAUAAACUAGUUUUAAGCUGCAAAUGUUGGGAGAUAAGUCCGUGGAGUUUGUGUGAUUUUUAAAUGAUUUUUUGUGGGUUUUAAUUUGUAAGUCUUUUGACUAUUUUAUGCAUACAAUUUUUUAAUACUAGAUUUUAUAUUUUGUUUUCAAAUGUUAAGACGCUUUUCGUAGAGACAACAGUUGAAAACAUGUUUUUUGUUUGAAUUGUUUGGAUUGGCGAGAGAGUAAUUUUUAGUUUGAAAAAACUCAUUUUGUAUGCAAUAAGUUAUGUAUUUGGCAAUUAUGUAUUUACGCCAAAUCAAACCGAAAUUAAUUUCUUCCCAAUCCAACAUGUCUUGCAAUGCCAAGCCACAUCCAUUUAAUUUUUUAUGACUCGUUUUUUUUUUAUUUUUAAUUGCUUUGCGAAGCAGUUAGUGUGUGAGAAGACUGUAGUACUUCGUGACAAAAAAUAUGUUUUCGAAAUCUUUUUAUUUGUGAUUUAUUUUUACACUCGACUUAAGCACCUAUGGUGGCGCCGCAAGGCUGUCUCAAUGGGAUAUUUUAUGUGUGCGAUUCUGUUUUUUAUAUAAACUGGCAAUAUUACCUGCACACAUACAUAUAUACUAUUUUUACACAUAUAACUCUUAUGAUAACUGUUUACUAUCGGAUUGACAUUUAUAUAUCGUAUGCCUUUAUUUUCUAAGCGAAAAUUGUGCAAAAACAUUUUUGUAAAAGAUUUAUUGAAUAAGUUUGUCAGAUAUACAUACAUAUAAACUGAGAAGGAUAUUUUUGUAAAUACUAAUUUUAGAACCUAAUUAUAACUGUAUGUACAUGUAAACGUUGAUUGAAAGAGCGAGUAAAAAUGUCGAAUAUGUUGCCAUAAAAAAAUAAUUUUAUUUUGUUAGAAUUUAAAAUGCAAUAAAAUGCCAGUAAACAAUUUAUAGAAAAAAAUAAAGAUAUAUUCAAAAUUUUAUAAAACAAAACAUGGUGUCCAUUGUAUGUUAUAAGUUGGAUAGUAAAUUCCUUUCUCUAUGUUUUAGCAAAGUCUGUUGCACGCAUAUUUUAUCAUACAUUAGAUUUUAUUAUUAUUUCGUUUGUAUCUGAAACUGUAAGACUGAAAUGGUUGUUAAGAAAAUAACAAAAAACUUUAGUAAAACAAAAUUA